AUGGGAGUGAGCAUCCACAGGAGGCCAUCUAGCCCAGGUGAAUUCCAGGACAAGAAGGCUCCCACACCCAAGAUAUCAUCCAUCACAUGUGGCCAGAUGCCUGAACACAGGACUCCGCUGUUUUCUGAGCUACACCUGGCCAAGUUAGAGAGAAUGUUUGCGGAGAACAUUGAUUCAAAUGGAGUCCUGGAUCUGGGAGCUUUCACUAAGACCAUGAAGAAGGUUCUGCAGAAUGUGUCAGAUGAGAUGCUGGAGACCCUGUUUUUGAAGGUGGACUCAAAUUGUAAUGGCUUCAUCACCUGGGAGAAAUAUAUGGAUUACAUGAUGCAUGAGUUCCAGGGGCUGGAGUUGAUGAGGAAGAGCCAGUACCGCCUGCUGUUCCAGCUCCCUAUGAGGAUCAUCCCCCUGAAUCAUGGGUGUGAGAUUGUGAAAGUGGAGUUUUUCAUCCAACGAUUCAAGAAGAUUGGGUGUUUCCUGACUAUCACCAAAGAUGGGAUCCUGCAGUUCUGGUCUGAGUCUUUCUCACUGAUUAACUCCUUUAUGCUUAGCCAGUUCCUGCAGCUCCACAGCCAGCAGAUGUGGGUCACAGACAUGGUGUGCCUGCCCAACCUGAACCUCAUUGCAGUUUCAUCUACCGAACUGAAGAUAGAGUUCUUUGAUAUUAGUGACCAUAAAUGUGUCCGGACCUUCACCUUUAUUGAUCUGGACUGCUGUGUCUUGGCCAUGAACUACUGGUCUGACUAUCACAGAGGCGUGUUCUGCUAUGGGGACACCAAGGGCAAUGUAAUUGUCUUCAUCUCUGACAGUGUGACCACCGGACUGUUCAACCCCCACAUCCUCCCCAGACUCUCCAAAUGGGAUCACUGGAUCAAUGUUUCCAUGCCAAAACUCUUAACUGAGAAGUCUGCUGUAUACAGAAGUUACCAGCUGAGGGCUCUCCAUCCCAACUGGUGUCAGAAGGUCAAGUUCAUUUCUGAUCUGAACCUCGUGGUCUCCUGUUCAGCCGUUGAGAAGUCCUCUCUGGUGCUGACAGUGUUGCCAGCCAAAGACCUUGAGAAACCCAGGUUCACAGUGCUGAGUUUAAGAAAAGGAGUUCUUUGCUUUGAUUACUGCUCAGACAGGAACUUCCUGGCGACUGGUGGCUAUGACUCCCACAUCUACCUGUGGAACCCCUUAUUCUYCAAAAAGCCUGUGUGGGUGAUGAAGGGACAUCAGACCUCCGUGAUGCACCUCCUCGUAAACAGCAAGAAUAGCAGCAUCCUCAUCAGCAUCUCCAGGGACAAGAACAUCCGCGUGUGGGACAUGCAGGACUACAUCUGCCUGCAGUCCUUCUGCGGGAAGCUGUUUGCCCUGGGGAACUGCCCCAUCACCAGCGCCUGCUUCCACGAGACCGACAACACCCUCAUCUGCAGCACCUAUUCCAUUGGGAUCUUAAAUGGCUAUUUGGAGUGCCAGCAGCCUGUGAAAACAGGAAAGCUGUCAACUCACAGUGCAGCUGUGUGCAAUGUCCUUUACAGCAAGAUCUUUAAGCAGGUGGUGAGUGGCUGCCUGCAUGGUACCGUGUGCGUGUGGGAGCUGUUCACCGGCACGAAGAUGGUGGAUUUCUCCGUGUCUGCCACGCAUUUUGUGGAGCUGACCUCCAUGGCCCUGGAYGAGUCCGAGCGGUGUCUGCUCACAGGUUUGCGAGAUGGCACCAUGAAGAUGUGGAACUAYAACAGCGGGGAAUGCCUCCUGACCUUUCCCAACCCAGACAAGGUGGAGAUUAGUGGACUUGUCCAUAUGAACAAAGCAUACUACAUGACAGGGUGGAGUAAGAGAAUCACCAAUUUCACGUUCCACAAGACCAAGCCGGUGCUCUUGUGCUACCACUGGCAGACCUUCCACACGGAGGAUGUCCUGAGCAUGGCCAAGUACCAGCACCAGUUCCUCGGCACCUCCUCCUACAAUGGGGACAUCCUCUUCUGGAACGUCAACACAUUGAAGCCCAUCCUGAGAUUCAAUGCAUCCUUCAGCCCCUUGCCCUUGAAGCCCAGGAAGGUGCUAACUGAGGGGUGCCUGGAUGAGAGGCACUCCAACAAACCCUGCAGGAAGCAAAAGAAGUGGGUACACAAGGUGCCCCCAAAGUCCUCCAGGGUGACAACCAAUGCCAGCCUGAGGCGGAAUCUGGUGUCGGCACCCCCUGUGAUGAGCCACUCAUUCUCCCCCUCGCUCCCAAGACACCAGAGAUCCUACAUUCCUGUGCCCUACAAGAUGCUUCUCAGCCUUGAUCGAUCCGGGCUGGCAAGAGACACCUUUACCAAACAGUCAAUGUACAAAGAGGCCCAAAGGAAAAAGGGGGAACUUCAGAAGAAGCUGCUGCUGCAACAGUCCAGAGCCUCCGUGGAAAAGAUCAUCUUCCUGCAGACCAGGCCUCGCCAGCCACACACAGCUGCCAUGCUGAGCAGCUGCAUCGACGGCCACAUCUACGCUUGGUCCCUCCAUGGGAAUGGAGGCCUGCUGGGCAAGUUCCCUGUGGACCUUAAGGAUAAUGGGGAUGUGGUUGUGGGUGCCAUGGCCACUGAUGAAAAUGACUGGAUCCUCAUCACAGGGGAUUGUAAAGGACACAUCAAGAUCUGGGACAUUAAGGAUUACUGCAUACUUAUCCACCAGCAGCCACUGCAUACCAGCGAGAGCAAGAUCCCCAUUGAAACAGAGAACAAGUUCCGGAUCUUAAUUCCUAAACGGUUCCAAAUGAACAUCCCACACUACAUUCCCUUGAAGGAGACGGAGGUUGUGGCUGGCCAGAUCAUUUCCCUGGUUCCCCCCAAGCUCCUGAAUACCUGGAGAGGCCAUUUGGAAAGCAUUGUGGACAUCCUGUACAUAGACACCUUCCAACUGGUCAUCAGCGCUGGCCAGGACCGGGACGUCAAGGCUUGGAAACUCUCUGGUGAUGCCAUUGGGACAUUUGGCCUGAGUGUUUGGAAAAGACUACAGGAAGCCAAAAUGGAUGGUAUUCAUGAACAUAGAGAAAGCGUGGAGGAAAAGUCCGACUCCAUAGGCACCCUCCUCAAGGCCUCCCACCAGGAGCUGCAAGCCCCUAACAGCAGGGAUCUGGCUGAGGCGCUGGUGUACCAACGGCGGGAGCAGGAGGCGCUGAUGUCACUGUUGAGUGGCAGAGCRGAUACAGAGGCGGAGGCUUGGGCCAAGCUGCACAGGAUGGCCCCAAUGUCCCCGUGGGCUGGCGAGCACCCCCUGCAAGACAUCGAAGCCAGCUGGAGUGAGUGGGAGUCCAAGGGCAAGCAGGUGAGCAAAGUGGUGGGGGCAGCGUUUAAGCCCAAGGAACGGUUGCAGAACCCCAAAGUCCUGUUCAGUGGCRUGCAGUACACCUGGAUGAGGCAGCAGAUCUCUCCGCAGAUCUACCAGAACCUGUUCUUCGACGAGCUGACUCCUGUCCAGCCGCCUGACUCCCUGAUACACAGGGUCCUUGACCAGCAGGGCCGGCACAUCUGCUGGGUGGCGCGUGAUCUCGAGCCUCCCAGGGACCAGGUGUUUGUGGACACCACGCCCAUUGCCACCUCCUCCCACACCUCCUCCCUGUCCCCAGCAGCCUCGACCUUCAGGCUGCUGGACUCCAGCUCCUCCCUGCGGCCUCUGUCCUCCACCUCGUGGCCCAGGUCAGCCUCCAUGACCUCCCCCUCAGCCCUGCCCGAGGGGUCCCAGUCCAUCCUGCAGAGGCCAGAGAUCACCAUGGCUGUCGCCUCUUCCCUUCUGCGCCCCCCAAAGCCCCUGGAAGCCCCCGUCGUGUCCUCCCCAAGGAGGAGCUUCCAUGUCAGGUUCUGA